UGUGCGUCCCUAGCGGCCGGCUUUGGCUCAGCACGGAUCAGGAACGCCUUGUUCAGCAGACGGCGGCCUCUGACCGUCGCGGUGACUUGAGCUGGAGCCUGCUGACCUCGUCUGCCGUCAGGGCAGGGGUGGAAGCACUGGAGCGGGAGCCUCAGAGUCACGGGCGAGGACCAAGUAGACCUGACCGCCGGGGAGAUCGGCUGCGGAGCUCGUCCUCCACGCAGCCUAGCGCUGCCCCGCCCCCCCAGGGGUUGGGGUCCCUUCAAGUUUUGAGGCGGCGGGACAGUACUAGUCUGGCCUGCCUUGCAGCCCUAGCUCGAUCGCGUGCGUGUUUGGUGGGCGGACGUGCGGAACCCCUAGCCUAUGAGGGAAGCAGGCUCCGCUGUGGGGAGGGCAGGUGCAGGGUCUCGGGGGGCCUUGUGGGCGUGGAAGCGGCAGGGAGUCCGUUUCCCUCAUGGUUCUUUUCUCCCACAGCCCUUGGGUCCCGCCAUCACCCGCAGGGCGCACAGAACCGGCCAGAAUUGGCCGUGGGGAUGGCCGCCAGGGUCCGGACAGCUGCCAUCUGGGUCCCACCUCUCCAGGAACGAGACAGUGCAUGUGAGAGGAUCAAAAAGCCCCAAGGUGAGGAAUCCAUCCUGGGUGAGGAGACCACUGAGCAGAGGCCUCUCCCUGGAGGAGAGGGGCAGAGGCACAGGAGUCCCAGGACAGAGCGGGUCCUUGAAUGGCUAUUUAUUUCCCAGGAGCAGUUGAAAACCACCAAGUCCUGGGGACCAUUGUCCUUCAUGGAUGUAUUUGUUGACUUCACCUGGGAGGAGUGGCAACUGCUGGACCCAGCUCAGAAGCACCUAUACAGGAGUGUGAUGUUGGAGAACUAUAGCAACCUGGUGUCCCUGGGGUAUCAGCACACCAAACCCAGGAUCAUUUUCCAGUUGGAACAAGAAGAGCCACGGUUGAUGCAAAUCCCAAGUCAGGGCCAUCCAGUGAUGCUAAUGAGAAGUCAGAUGCCAUUAUAAAUUUUGAUCCAUUGUAUGAAACUUUUUUUGGUUUCUCUGGAAGCUUUACUAGCUGCUGCUUGUCGUCAGUGUUCUGAAACAUCACGAUGAUGUUUCUUAUAAAGUGUGGGAAAUUGAUCAUAUGGAAUGGCAUCGGGAAAAACAAGUCAAGCUGGGAAGUGUUGCAAAAGGCUAUCAGUGUACUACAUUUGGAAGACUAUGUCUUCUUAGUGCAAAUUAUGUUUCUUCAAGACAAAAGCUUCAUACAUGUGUCACACAUGAAAAGAGUUUGAAAUAUAAUAUAGAUUUCAGUAAUAAUUAUGCUGGAAAGAAUCCUAAUGGGUUUCAUGCAGUUAGGGAAUCAUUCUUCCAUUCUAAACAUGAACAAGCAGUUAUUGGAAUAAAAUACAGUGAAACUAAUGAAUUUGGAAAAGCUAUCAACAGAAAGUCACAGCUCAUAUAUCAGCCAGUGCAUAUGAGAGGGAAACCCUUUGAAUGCAGUUUCUGUGGGAAGGCCUUCAGUGCCAAGUCCUAUGUUGUGGUACAUCAGCAAACUCAUGCAGAAGAAAAACCCUACAAAUGCAAUGGAUGUGAGAAAGACUUCAGCAGUAAGUCCUACUUCAUUGUUCAUCAGAGAACUCAUGCAGGAGAGAAACUCCAUGAAUGCAGUGAAUGUGGGAAAACUUUCAGUUUCAGUUCACAACUCAUUAUACAUCAGCAAAUUCACACAGGGAAGACUCCCCAUGAAUGCUGUGAAUGUGGAAAAGUCUUCAGUAGGAAAGUUCAGCUCAUUUCACACCAGAGAACUCAUGCAGGAAAGAAACCUUAUGGGUGUAAUGAAUGUGGGAAAACUUUUGGCUUGAAAUCACAGCUCAUUGUACAUCAGAGAAUUCAUACAGGAGAGAAGCCCUUUGAAUGCAGUGAUUGUCAGAAAGCCUUUAAUACAAAGUCAAACCUUAUUGUACAUCAGAGAACACACACGGGGGAGAAACCUUAUGGUUGUAGUGAAUGUGGGAAAGCCUUUACUUUCAAGUCACAGCUCAUUGUACAUCAGGGAGCACACACUGGGGUAAAACCCUAUGGAUGUAAUCAGUGUGGAAAAGCUUUCAGUUUGAAGUCACAGCUCAUUGUACAUCAGAGGAGUCACACAGGAGUGAAACCCUUUGGAUGCAGUGAAUGUGGGAAAGCUUUCAGAAGCAAAUCCUACCUCAUUAUACAUAUGAGGACUCACACUGGAGAGAAGCUCCAUGAAUGCAGUGAAUGUGGAAGAGCCUUCAGUUUUAACUCACAACUCGUUAUACAUCAGAGAAUUCACACAGGGGAGAAUCCCUAUGAGUGCCAUGAAUGUGGGAAAGCCUUCAGUCGGAAGUACCAACUCAUUUCACACCAGAGAACUCAUGCAGGGGAGAAGCCCUAUGAAUGCAGUGACUGUGGGAAAACUUUUGGUUUGAAAUCACAGCUCAUUAUACAUCAGAGAACUCAUACAGGGGAGAAACCCUUUGAAUGCAGUGAUUGUCAGAAAGCCUUUAAUACAAAGUCAAACCUUAUUGUACAUCAGAGAACACACACGGGGGAGAAACCUUAUGGUUGUAGUGAAUGUGGGAAAGCCUUUACUUUCAAGUCACAGCUCAUUGUACAUCAGGGAGCACACACUGGGGUAAAACCCUAUGGAUGUAAUCAGUGUGGAAAAGCUUUCAGUUUGAAGUCACAGCUCAUUGUACAUCAGAGGAGUCACACAGGAGUGAAACCCUUUGGAUGCAGUGAAUGUGGGAAAGCUUUCAGAAGUAAAUCCUACCUCAUUAUACAUAUGAGGACUCAUACCGGGGAGAAACCACAUGAGUGCAGUGAGUGCGGGAAAUCCUUCAGUUUCAAUUCACAACUUAUUGUACAUCAGAGAAUUCACACAGGAGAAAAUCCCUAUGAAUGCAGUGAAUGUGGGAAAGCCUUUAAUAGAAAAGAUCAACUCAUCUCACAUCAGAGAACUCAUGCUGGGGAGAAACCUUACCAGUGCAGUGAGUGUGGGAAAGCCUUUAGUAGCAAGUCAUACCUUAUUAUACACAUGAGAACUCAUUCAGGAGAGAAACCAUAUGAAUGUAACAAAUGUAGAAAAGCCUUCAUUUGGAAGUCACUGCUUAUUGUGCAUGAGCGAACUCAUACAGGGGAAAACCCUUAUAAAUGCAGUCAGUGUGGUAAAUCCUUCAGUGGAAAAUUACAGCUUGUUGUACAUCAGAAAAUGCACACAAGAGAGAAGCCCUAUGAAUGCAAUGAGUGUGAAAAAGCCUUCUUUAGGAAAUCUCAGCUCAUUGUACAUCAGAGGAUUCAUUCAGGGGAGAAACCCUAUGGAUGCAGUGAAUGUGGAAAAACCUUCUCUCAGAAAUCAAUUCUCAGUGCACAUCAGAGGACUCAUACAGGAGGGAAACCCUGUAAAUGCACUGAAUGUGGGAAAGCCUUUUGUUGGAAGUCACAGCUCAUUAUGCAUCAGAGAACUCAUGCAGAUGAGGAAUGUAUUGGUGAAUUAAAUGUAAGAAACUUUGUCUCGAAAGUCAAUUCACAGGAAGUUUGAGAAAGUUCAAACGGAAGAGAGACUUUGUAAAUGAAAUCAUCACAUUGUACACCAGAAAACUCAUACUGAAUAGAAACUUUAUGUAUGUACAGCAUGUGGAAGGGCAUCCACAGUAAGCUGGUUUUUUAUACACACAAAAAAUACCAGUAAAUGUACACAGGAACCCUAUGAAUUCAGUUAACCCUGUGAAAGUUCUCAGUGGAAGUCAUAACUUUAAGUUCAUGCAGCUGAGGAAAAAUAUGAAUGAAGUGAAUGUCAGAAAGUCAUUUUUAAUACACUAAACAUUCAUGAAAAGGAAAUUCCAUAACACAAAUUAGGAUAGAAUACAAUCCUUUGGAAUUCAUAAUUUAUUAAGGAUUAAGAUAAUGAGAGAAAAUACAGAACCAAUGAAUUAGAAAUAUCCGAAGCUCAUACCUUGGAGAAAUCAUGCUAUAAGUUAGGGAAUUUCUUCAUCUAAAAUUGACAAAACUUCAGCCAAAAAAAAAAAAAAGAUCUAUGAAUGUUGCAGAUGGGGCAAAGCCUCAUUAAGAGGGUUUGCUUCAAAUUUUUUUUUGAUUCAUUUGGAAAGAAUAAUCAUAAUUUAAGGAAAUUAUGUUCCAUAUGUUCCAAACCUUUAGGAAAAGAUUGGAGAAACUAUUUAACUAUCAAUGAUAGGCAUGUUCAUAAAAGAACAUAAAGAUUUUUCUUUCUUUUUUUAUUUUUCUUUUUCAGCCACCCUGAGGCAUAUGGAGGUUCCGGGCCAUGGAUCAGAUUGGAGCCAGGUCCUUUAACCCACUCUGUUGGGCCAGGGAUCAAACCUAUGUCCUGUUGCUACAGAGAUGCCACUGAUCAUGUUGCACCACAGCAGAAACACCAGAUUUUUUCAAAGUGUGUAAAUAAAUGUAAUAAUUGGGAUAACAAUAAGGAUUAUAUCAUGAGACCUAGGGGGAUAUUUAGGUGUUAUCUUCUCUUUACUAUAAAUAGGAGUUUUUUGCAGUUUGACAUUUUAUUUGUGAGUGCCACAUUUAAUAGAUAAAUUAGCUAGAUAAGAAUACCAUCCUAUCCCUUUCCCAGGGAUUUCUACUCUGCAUAACAACAUUCUUAAAUCCAACUUGUUACUAGAAUAAUGCAGCAUUAAAUAUGCAUUUCAGUGCUUCAAACCUUUUCUCUAUUUUGUACUCUUUGUAAGUGGGCCUGACAGCUACCUCUUUAGUUAUAUAAUCAACAUAGUGCACGUUUCAUGUCAUUACAACCGGUUCAGCCCUCACUGGAUAGAAUCUUGAUUUCCUUUAAGAGAAUUCACAGUGUGUGUAGUCAUGAUGGGAUCAUCAUUCAAAAUGCCCUGCCAGGAGUUCCCAUUGUGGCUCAGUGGGUUAAGAACCCAACUAGUAUCCAUGAAGGUGUGAGUUUGAUUCCUGGCCUUGCUAGGGUGGGUUAAGAAUCUGGCAUUGCCAUGAGCUGUGGUAUAGUUCACAGAUACAAGCUCAGAUUCCUGAGUUGCUGUGGCUAUGGUAGGCUCGCAGCUGCAGCUCCAAUUCAACCCUUAGCCUGGGAAUUUCCAUAUGCCACAGGUGUGACCCUAAAAAGAAAAAGAAAAAAAAAUAAAAACAAACACAAAGUACCCUGCCAGGAGUUGGCUGAGAUGCUCUAAAAAUUAAAUUUUCAAUGGACUUAAGGAGCACAGAAAAGAAAACAUAGCAUUUGUUUUUUGGUAGCAUCUUGCAAUUAUUUAUUCAUUCCUUCUACACAUAUUAUCCAGAAUAGCUUUAAUUAUUAUCACUUUUUAAUCCUUGUUCACUUCUCUCUUAACUAGAGCAAUCUGGUAUCCUCUCAGUAUAUUUAAGGGAUACCUUUAAGUGAUGCUAUUGAAAUGUGUGAAAAAUCAUUCUACCAGUUGUUUUGUCAGGUGUUUCACAACCUCACCUUAGCGUGAGUGAGCAUUAAUCCAGAAAGAGUUGGGACCCUGAAAAUUAGGUUAAGGGUAUCUGGAGGAAUAUGAGGAUUCAAAAUGCAAAUAUUUCUGAAACACCCAGUACUUCAGCAGAAAAUCCCAUCUCUAACCCAAAGAAACAUUUUUCUAGUAGUGAACCCAAUUCCAUCAUUGCCAGCAGAACUACCAUAUUUGUCUUAAUGGUGAUGUGCCUGGCUAAAAAGCUGCAUUUCUCCAUUUUCUUUGUAGCUAAGUGUGAUCAUGCUACUAACUCUGAGUAGCAAUGGAAGUAGAAGUUGCUGAGAGAGAAUAAUGGGAAAGUUCUUCAAGGGGAGAACAAACAGGUGGGGAAAUCCUGCUAGGCUCUCUUAGCCAUCCUAGAACCAUCUGAGAAUCCUCUUGAGGGUGGAAGCUGCUCUCUCCAGGGCAGUAGAGAGAAGACUGACAUGGCUCUUUGGUAAUGAUGGAGCUGCCCUAGACCACCAAACCCGGGCAUCUUUUUUACACAAGGGGAAAAUGAACUAUCUUGUUCAAGGCAUCUUUUCUUUUUUCAUUGAGAGGAGGGUUCAUUUAUGUGCAGCUGAACCUGAUCCUAAUUGAAACAUUUUAGGAUGUUUGGAAGAUGUAACAUUAGAAAAUCGUUUUUGUGAAAUGAGCCACAGUACCAGAAAAAAGUCAUGUGAGUAUUUCAGUAUGUGUAAAUAAUCAUUUAAUGGACUAUAUACCCAUAGAUGAAUUUAAAAUAUUUUUAAAUUGGAGCUAGAAAUGAUUUCAACUUUAACUUUGCAAAAAGUAUGUUCCAGAAACUAACAGAUGUCAUACUUAAUGGUAAAAUGGUAGAUGUAUACCUUUAAGUUAAGAAAAUUAAAGAAUGCUCAUCACUUAAAUUGAGCAGUAUAAUGGCAGUGCUAGCCAAUGUGUGAAAAGAAAAAACUGUAAGAUAUCGGGGGUUGAGGCAGAAGCAGAAAUGCCAUUUGGAGAUGUGAUUGUCUAUUUAGAAAAACCAAAAUAAAUGACAGGUGAAUAUUUAAACUACAGGCUAUAAGGCAAGAUAUUUCAUAUAGUUCUGAAAGCUGGCAGCUUGGCUGUAAGCACAAACUGUUCUCUAUAACAUCUCCAUCCUCAGAUCCCAGGCCCUGCUGAGGGAAACAUCCUGAUCUGCCCUCACAAUGUUAAGGCAGUUUUGCACUAAAUUGACCAAAAGCUUCAACGAAGCUUAGACAGCUGUAUAUACAAAUCAGAUUGCUUCAGCCCCACCCUGUCUCCCUGGCUGAGUUGACAUUAGGAAAUAGGUACCAUUUGGGGGAAGUAAAUCUAUACUCACAAGGUUACCUCAGGAAUAAAUAGGGGCUUACAUAAUAAUAAAAGCGUUAUUUUACUUGAAAGACAGUCCUAAACAUACAUGCACUUAAGAAAAUGUCAAAAUCAUACUUAAUGGUAAAAUGGUAGAUGUGCACCUACCAUUUACCCACUUAAUGGUAAAAAGGUAGAGGCAUACCUACCAGCAAAAACAGAGCUGACAGGCAAAUUAUACUCUACCAUUUUAGUUGAACACUUGAACAUUUGUUUCUAAGUAACAUGACUAAAUAAUGCCAUCAACAAACUAGACCUGGUAGACAUGUCUAGGACAUCCAACAGCUGAAUACACAUUCUUUCCAAUUGCACAUGAAGCGCUCACCAAUACAGUCUCAGCAAUUAAUCUUAAGAUUUUUAAAGUAACAAAUCAUACAAAAUGUCUUCAGAUUAUAAUGCAGUUUAAUAAGAUACCAGUCAAAGAAGAACAGGAAAAUCUCCAAAAACCUGGAAAUGAAGCAAGAUAAUUUUCAAAUAAUUCAUGAGCAUAAGCAAUUUCAAGAAAAAUAGGAAAAAUGUUUUUGAACUAUUACUAUCUACAACAUAUACAAAUUAGAAUACAACAUACCAAAAUUCUUGAGAUGCAGAAAAAGCAGAACUUAGAGGGAAAUUUAUGGCACUAAAUGCUCAUAUUAGAAAAGGAUAAAGUUCUGCUAUAAAUCAAAAAUGCUAGAAAAAGAAGCAUAAAAUAGCCCCAUGUAAUGGCAAUGAAAUAAUAAGGAUAAGACAAGAAGUCAAUGAAAUAAAAGAACAGUGGAAAGAAACACAAAGAAAGCAACACAAAGCACACAUUUAACAACUUCAAUGUAAUGUAAUGGACUAAAUUCUUGAAAGACAAAAAUUCUUGAAAGACAAACUACCAGUAGUUCCCAUCAUGGCUCAGUGGAAAAAAAUCUGAGUAGUAUCCAUGAGGACGAAGGUUUGAUUCCUGGCCUCAUUCAGUGGCUUAAGGAUCUGGUGUUUCCAUGAGCUCUGGUUUAGGUUACAGAUGCAGCUCGUAUCCUGAAUUUCUGUGGCUGUGGUAUAGGCUGUUGCUACAGCUCUGAGGAUUGGACCCAUAGCCUGGGAACUUCCAUAUGCUGCAGGCACAGCCCUAAAAAAGAAAAAAAGAAAAAAAAAAAAAGCAAACUACCAAAACUUAAGAAGAAAUGAGUAACCUCUAUAUUGCUACAUUUAUUAAAGAAGUCAAAUUCAUGGUUAUCUCCCAACAAAGAAAAAUCCAUGCUCAGAUCAUUUCACUGGUGAAUUCUAUCAAAUAUUUAAGAAAGAAAUAAUACUAGUUCUAUACAAACUCUUCUAGAAAAUACUUGGUAACUCAUUUUAUGAAGUCAAGAUUAUACUGAUUUUUUUUAAAGAUACUACAAAUUUUUUAAAAUACAGAUAUUCCUCAUGAAUAUAGAUAUAAAAAAUCCUCAAUAAAAUGCUAGUUAAUUUAAUCCAGCAAUAUUUAAAAGGGUAAUACAUGAAGUCAAAUUGGAGUUUAUCUUGGGAACACAAAGCUGAGACUGAUUAAGUACUUAAAAUCCAACCAAAUUCAUACCUAACCAAAAAAAGUAAAAAUCAUGAUCACAUCAGUUGGUGUAGUAAAAAAGCACUUGUUCAAAGUCCAUAGCAUUCAUGAUUCAAAAAAAAAAAAAAAAACCUCAGCAAACUAGGAAUAGGAAUUAGCUUCCA